GGUUUCCUUGUCUUUGACUGGAGACCAACUCGCAGAGAGGCAGGCGGAUGAUAACAGCAUCCUUUGCUGUUAUUCAGCCAUCACACAUCUCAAUGAACUGCUCGCGAAGAAGCCACUGAUCGUGCCUACUGCUUUUUGCAGGGCAGAGAUACUGAUCAGUGUCUAAAAACUGCAUCUCUUUUUCAUAUGAGAUUAUUUUUUCAUAGACUCCUUUUUUAGUUUCAAGGUCUCUGUAGCCUAUCUCUUUCCACCAUGGUGCUGGGAAAGGUAAAGAGCUUCACAGUAAGCUACGACUGUCUCAAUGACAGUAAUGUCCCCGUCUUCUCCAGCGGGGACUGUGUCUCAGGGAGGGUGAUCAUCGAAGUCACGGGAGAAAUCCGUGUGAAAUCUCUCAAAAUCCACGCAAAAGGAUUUGCAAAAGUUCGUUGGACUGAGUCGAGAAACGCAGGAUCCAACACUGCCUACACGCAAAACUACACAGAAGAAGUGGAAUAUCUAAAUCACAAGGACAUUUUAAUUGGACACGAGAGAGACGAUGACAACUCUGAGGAAGGACUCACCACUAUCCAUUCAGGAAGACAUGAGUAUGCAUUCAGCCUCGAGCUUCCACAGACACCUCUGGCUACCUCUUUUGAAGGGAAGCAUGGCAGCGUGCGCUACUGGGUGAAGGCAGAACUCCACAGACCAUGGCUACUGCCCAUGAAGACCAAGAAGGAAUUUACAGUCUUUGAGCACAUUGACAUCAACACUCCAUUAUUGCUGUCACCACAGGCCGGCACAAAAGACAAGACUCUUUGUUGUUGGUUCUGCACCUCAGGUCCCAUUUCCCUAAGUGCCAAAAUUGAAAGGAAGGGAUACACCCCAGGAGAGUCGAUCCAGAUCUUUGCUGAGAUCGAGAACUGUUCGUCCCGUAUGGUGGUGCCAAAGGCGGCCAUCUACCAGACCCAGACCUUCUAUGCCAAAGGGAAAAUGAAGGAGGUCAAGCAGCUGGUGGCCAACCUGCGGGGAGAGUCCUUGUCCUCUGGAAAAACAGAGACCUGGAGUGGCAAGAUGCUCAAGAUCCCACCUGUCUCCCCCUCCAUCCUGGACUGCAGUAUCAUCAGAGUAGAGUACUCCCUCAUGGUAUACGUGGACAUACCUGGGGCCAUCAACCUGUCCCUGAACCUGCCCCUGGUCAUCGGAACCAUCCCUCUCCACCCCUUCGGCUCCCGUACCUCCAGCGUCAGCAGCCAGUGCAGCAUGAGCUGGCUGGGUAUGGGUCUGCCUGAGAGGCCUGAAGCUCCUCCAAGCUAUGCAGAAAUUGUGACUGAAGAGCAGAGGCAGAGCAGUCUGGAUGUGCCGGCAGCCCGUGAGGAGCUGGAUGGACCUCUAUUUGCCUACAUUCAUGAGUUCCGUUUCCAGCCACCUCCUCUGUACUCUGAGAUCGAUCCUAACCCUGAUCAUGCCAGCCGCACAGAAGAGCGCAGGCUCGACGCCUGUCCAUCCCGCUGAAGGGUUCCUGUAUUUCCCCUCAUGGACAUUGGGGAGCUCUAGGAAAACCUGCUUGCAAGGCUCAGCUUUGUUUACUUUUCUCCAGCAACAACGCUCACAUAGCGCUGUUGUCAUCAAGAGAAAAGUAUCCAACCCAUCAACAAAGACAUGGACAAAUACUCACAUUUGAGUUGGGUUGGACAAACAUGUUCCUGCCUUCCCUCAGUGAGAGAAACAGGAGUUUGGGGCAUCACUUCCUUCCUGUGUCGGCCACCUGAAUGUGGGAUGUGUACAGAUGAACACACAUUCAGUCUGUACGGCGAACCCCACAAUGCAGCGCAAGCUCGGGUGAUAGUACUGACACUGACGAGGAAGAAUCAGCCAGGCUCGAAACCGCCAAGCUCUUCUUUAACCCUUGUACUCAUGGCACAUACGGACAUGGCUCCUCACACAAAGGGCAGGACUCGUCAUGACUUCAACCUGAAGAAAAUGGGAUGAAGAUAGAAAAAUACCACCAUAAUCUGUAUGAGUGAAAAGCAGUCUGCUGCAUCAGUCAUCAACAGAGCCAAGACUCGGUCCUCCUGCCUCAUUUGGGAUUUUGUUUUGCACAUUUUAUUCUUACUUGAGUUGUGUGGCUCUGUUUUAAUGAUAAAGAAUCACUAAUAGUUUGGUUUCAGCCUUGUAAUGCGCCAGACUAAGAGACUGCAGGCUUAACAUUUGAGACUUUCAUCUUUGAGCUACGCUGAGAACAGGAUUUGAUUUUUUUUUAAGAAAAAAAUGAAAAGGACAAGAACAAUGCACUGAAUUUUGUUUAAGCUGUUUUUCUUUUUCUCCUUAUGACAUUUCCUCAGUGACUUCUAACAACUAGACUGGACUUUUAUAACAAGUGCAGCACAGGAUCUCCAUCUGGAGGCUCUUUUUAAGUCAUUGCCUCAUUAGCUUGGAUCCAUGUGUGGCUUCCCUCCUUAUUUAGUUCACUUUUUUUGUAUUUAGCUCCAAUCAUAGAAUAGCUUUGAACCGCUUUUUGUGUUGAGGUUGCUCUGGAUUUGGAUUAGGAGGGUUGCAGUCCUGAAUUUGCCACUCAAAAUUGUAGCUAAGGAGAAAAAGUGUGAGUGUUUGAGUGAGUGUGUAACAGAGAGGAUGGUACAGUAUGGAGGGAUUCGCCUAAUUACCUGCAGCCCCUCUACUCCUAAUCUCAGGGCAAGCCAGGCCUACAUAACUGCCCAAAAAGUACUGUCUCAGGUGGUCUUCUCACAUGCCAAACGGAGAAAAGAAGAAAAAAGUUUCCUUUAAAAUUGCACUGUUAAGAAUAAUGACGUUUUUUUUAAACUACCAAAACGUGAGAAAAGACCUGCAAAGAAGCAGAAGAGGCAGCUCUCUGAGAUUGAUCACAUUCCCUUUUUGUCCUGCUGUGCUUGCCCUGUUCAUCCAACCAACUGUUAGACUUUACCAGACCAGUGAAGCCAGAAUGCUUACAAAAAAAGAGGAAAUAAGGAGAAAUGAUUCUGCUCCUAUGUUUUAAAAGGAGCAAACCCAGCACACAAGAAAAGCUGGGGACGUUGCUGAACUUCUGUUGAGACUGGUCAGAACAAGUAGUAGUUAGGUUGACAUGAGUAAUACAUUGGUUUUCUAACUCAUUCAACAAAAACGACCAGCUGCAACAGAGGAUUCGCAUAGUCAGGAAAUAAAAAAGCAGCACUUUUUUGAUAAGAAAACAAGAAAAAAAGCAUUUAAUGGUGAAGGUCUGGAGAUAAAACCCUUUAUAGUCUAGGAUUCUUCUUCUGUAGGAUAUUAAAUUGCUUGAGUUUAGUGAUUUUUUUUAAGUUUACAUUUUAAACACCAGUUUCUGUGUGUAUGUGUGCGUCUGUGUGUGCACGCCUCCUGUCGAGAUCCAGCUGCAACUAAACAAACGGCUUCUGAUGAACUGCAGACUAUUGAAGUGAACUUAUCUUGGUGGCCUUGACACAAAAAAGACCUGAUCAUGAUUCUUCAUCUUUCAGUGUCUACGUUCCCCUUCGUUAUGUUCAUAGACUCCUCUACGUUUUUCCAUGUUUUAUUCAAAAGGACAAAAAGGGAAGAGAAACGUCCUUUAGAAGCACGUUUAAAAAAAAAAAGUAACACCCAAGACAGGCCUCUCUUUUGAGAUUUUUUAACUCUUGUUUCUUUUCCAUGUAUUUCUGGGCAUUCAUGUAUUUUGCUUCCAAGUUAACAAAUUAGUCACCCUAACCUGGGGUGGCAGCUGUUGACCAGCAACACCCCCCCGGUCUCUGAGAAACAUUUAGAUAGCACUGGAGAGCAGACAAACCGCAUGUUCCACGGUUUCUCUAUCCUCUUCUUCUUUUUUGCAGUUCUUCGUUUGGAUUUCGUCUUAGGGAAACUGAAUCAAGCUACACGGCGUUGAAUAAGCUCAUAUUUGUUUCAGGUUUGGUCGAUUCCACAGUCCAUGUGCUUGGGCCUCAGAAGUCCAGUGUCAAAACUAAGCUAAACUCCUGACCCUUAAUAAAGGCAGGAACUGAAAUGUUCAGAGAUUUAGAGAUAAUAACCUGGGCCACGGGAUCUGAAACAUUUUAGAAACAAAGUGCAAUAUCACUCACAUAUUUUUCUUUGUUCUCCAUUUGUAUGUUUGUUUUUAUCUCUUAUUUUGUCUGUUAAUCAUGACGAUGGAUAGAUAUUCUAUGAAUAUACUAUGUUCUGAAUGAUUUAACCUUUUGUCUAGUUCUUCCUUUGAUUUGAAUAAACAUUUUGUUCUAAAUUACA